UUCUUUUUUCCUCGGGUUGAUCUUCAGGUGCUGCUCGCCCACUUAUUAGCGAGCCCCCCCCUUCCCGAUCCCCCAAAACUUUUCUUCUCUUUCCCAUUUUUCCUCCCGCACUCUCUGCCAAAACUGCUUCGUUGGUUCUUGCAUCGCCCACCCAUUCCAGCCGUCUUUGGUUAAAGCUAGGCUUUGCAACGUCAACCACCAUUGCGCCCAUAACGCGUCUACCACUAUCACCAUACAGCUGCAGCUGAGAUUCAGAUUCAUAAGCCCUCUUAGCUAUGGCCAAAAAGUCACUCGAUCCCGAAAACGCGACGACUUCCGUAAAUAUAGCCGAUUUCCAGCGAACCCGCGAUUCGGUUAUCGUCGCACUCGCGACUCUUCAGUCGUCCGUUCAAGACCUUUCUCGGGCCUACAUUCAACAUGCCAAUACCGUCCUUACACCCGGCAAACACGGUCUCAACCCAAUUGACGCCAACUUGACCAGCAUCCUCACCGAGUCUGGUCUCUUGGCUGGUCGACCAGCCGACGCCGCCCCUGCUGCUCCUGAAGCCGAGGUCGACGGAAAGAAGAAGCGCAAGAGGACUCCUCAUGACCCCAAUGCGCCCAAGCGUGCCUUGACCCCAUAUUUUCUGUACAUGCAGAGUGCUCGUGCACAUAUUGCCAAAGAGCUAGGUGAUUCAGCCAAGCCCAAGGAAGUUGCAGAUGAGGGUACUCGCCGAUGGACUGAGAUGAGUCCUGGUGAUAAGAGUGUUUGGGAUGACAAGUACCAAAAGAACUUGGCCGCUUACAGAGUCAAGAUGGCAGCCUACAAGGCCGGACAGCCAGUCCCCAGCGACGAGGAAGCCACACGUUUGGUUGAGUUGGGCAAGGCUCCAGAACACGUUGCAGGUGUAGACGCCGAAGCCGAGACGGAGGAAGAGCCUGCUGUGGCUGAAGAGUCCGAAGAAGACUCUCCCGAACCAGUCAAGGAGCCAUCACCGCCAAAAUCCACCAAGCGUCGCAAGACCAAGGAUGCCGAACCCACUCCUAGCAAGCCCACGCCAAAGGCUGAGCCGGCGGCCAAGUCCCCAGAGAAGAAGGUCAAGAAAGGCAAGAAGGAAGCGGCGCCCGCCCCUGUUCCAGCGGCAAAGCCUGAGAAGGGACGCAAGUCGAAGAAAUGAGUGCUAAUAGAGGACCUAACGGCGCGUGUGAGAUGGGUUGUACUCAGGUGCAUGGGUCGUGGUUCGUUCAUACAAUUUCGGUUUGGCUUCAGCUUUUGAACAGUGUCAACACCAUGGCAUAGUCCAUGUCAGUCAGUCAUUUAUGUUGAUAGUGGAAGCGCGAACUUGUCACGCGUUUCGAUUGACACAUAUGUAACAAGGGCGUUCUGCGGACACACUUUGCUGUAUGUAGGCAAAGCAGUACGAACACUACAAAAUGAUUUCAAUCGGCGCUUUUCGCAUCGCUGUCGUUCCUCCAGGUCAAGUAGA